AUGCCUUCACGAUCGCCUACGCCGAGGCGCGAUGCUGCGUCUCGCAGUCCGUACUCUAGAGCUUCGCGCUCGCCGUCGCGCACACCACGCCGCUCAAUCUCUCCUCGACCAUCUCCUAGCCCGCAACGCCGCAGCAGAUCUCGCACACGCACACGCAGUCCCGCUCACUCGCGCAGUCGCAGCCGAUCCUAUCGCGCUCGCAGCACAUCUCGAGGUCGCGAUCGCAGUCCUACACCCCCAAUGCCUCGAAGCUCAAAAAUCGUGAUCGAGAAACUGACGAAGAACGUUACACCCGCUCACUUGAACGAAAUCUUCAGCACAUAUGGCGCCAUUGCUGAUCUCGACAUGCCGCUAAACAAAUCCUUCAACACAAAUCGCGGAACCGCAUACGUUCUAUACACAACACCCGAGGCCGCCGAGCGUGCGAUAGCACACAUGCACGAAGGCCAACUGGACGGCGCAAAGAUUGGCCCCAAGAAGCAGGAGCCUGAGCCGCAGAAGCCCGAGCAGGAGUCGCAGUAG